ACAAACCUACCAGUUGAUCGCGUCCUAUUACUCGUGCAUCCAAUCAGUAUUCGCCAGCUGGAGUUCCGAAUUGUCGGCGUGUACGAAAGAACUUCUGCCAAGUGUUCGACGAGUUCCUCUUAGUUACCAAACGUCAAUUUUCAACGAUUUUCAGCCGUUUCGUCUGCGAAAAACUAAGAAGAAAAUGGAUCUUGGACAUUUUUUGGCGGUCUGUUUGAUUUUGGGAAGUUGGCGCAGUGCGUAUGCUCUGAAAGAAGGAGAAUGUGAAGUAUGCAUAGCAACUGUAAAUAAAUUUGCGGGGACGUUAAGUAACGAGGUCAAGAAGGAUACGAAGAAAAUAGAACUAGCGUUUAAAGAAUUCUGUAAGACGACAAAAUCCAAGGAAAACAGAUUUUGUUACUACAUGGGUGGCCUCGAAGAAUCGGCAACGGGUAUAUUAGGCGAACUGAGUAAACCCGUUUCGUGGUCGAUGCCUGCCGACAAGGUGUGCGAGAGGCUGAAAAAGAAGGAUGCUCAAAUUUGUGACUUACGAUAUGAGAAGCAAAUCGACUGGAACACAGUAGACUUAAAUAAACUGAAAGUGCGGGAUCUCAAGAAGAUUUUGAACGACUGGGACGAAGAGUGCAAAGCAUGUGUAGAGAAGCGGGACUACAUUAAGCGCAUCGAAGAGCUGAAGCCUAGAUAUUCAAACAGUGCAAAGUCUGAACUUUGAGUAUUACUAUUUCCGACGGAUUAAUUGUGUUAGUUCCAUUGAACUUUUGGUGAUCCUCUGAGUUCUGCAGAAAGUCAACUGAGAAGCGCAUAAGCGUUGCGAUGAUGAUUUUAUACAUUUCGGGAGAACCAGAUAGAUUUGCAAGAUGAGAGUACUUCUACAAUUAGGCCUGGAAAUUAUGCCUUAUCUGUUACACAUCACAGUUUCUUUCACAAACAUGGUCACACAUAAUUUUGUUUUUAAUUCCCAUGUGGCUACGACUCUGUAGGUCUGAGUAAGUUAGCAAAGAACAAACUUCUGUCAAAAGGAAACCAGGUCACGUGAUACGAGGCAACAUUACUUAACGUUUAAUUGUUAUUUUAAUUAAAUCUGCAAAAGAAUAAACAUUUAUUAAUGUUGUGUAUACAACAUGUAUGGCGUGAAAAUUAUUGGGAAGUUUGGAAAUUCUGAAAGUAUCGUUAAAUUUUAUGUGAUCAACGACGCACCCUCUCAAAGGUUGCAUAAAUUUCACAAUUGAUUGUCUUCAAAAUUUAAUUGUAAUGGUCAGAGCCUAAUUGCUGUAUUUUCUACUUCGCAUAAUUCUAUAUUAUAAUGAUAUUUCUAACAUUAA